UCAUCAGGUUAUAUUCAUCGAACAGUAUCGAAUGAUAGUUGUAUUUAUGAUGAUAAUACUCUUCGACAUGUGGAAGAUUUAUUAAUAAAUUUAAAAAAACGUCGACAAAUUUUAAAAGAAAAUCAACGAACAAUUAAUGAAGAAAUUGAAGAUAAUAAAACUCUUGGUGCUAAGCUAUUAAAUAUAAUUGAAUCAAAUGCUGAAUUAAGUGAAAUCGAAAAAUUUAAAUUACAUAUUAAUGAAAUCGAUACAAUAACAUCCAUACUUCUUAAACUAAGUAGUCGAUUAGCUAAAGUUGAAAAUGAUUUAUCAAUGCUUUCCGGUAAUAAUGAACAUACAAAGGUAAAUCUUAAUAAGUCAAAUAAUGGAAAAAAGAUUUAUAUUAAUUCUAUAAUGGUAAACAAUUAG